UCAUCAUUCACGAAACGACCCCCUCCGUGCGCGAUCUGUAUUGAAUAAACAGGACUUUACCAAUUGCGCACUACGUAUAGGCUUGCAUUGUCCUGCAUUGGCAAGAGUGGAAUGGUCCCCCCCGUCCACCGUCAUCCCCAGCCCGAUACUGCAGUCGAUAUUGAUGGUCUAAGGAGCAGCAGUUAAAGACUCGGGACCCCGUCGACUUUUCUAGGGCGGUGUCUGCUGCCGAACAUGUCCGUUAUGCUGCAAACACCAUCGAGGGCAUCCACAGCCUCGUCGUCAUCCUUUCAACCCAUCUCCCGCCAGAACACCAUGUCUUCCUACGAAGGGUCGCGCUCCGCGCGCCAAUCCAAGCGGUACUCCAUGUCCGCGCUGUACCUGUCCAUGUCGGCCAACGAGUCGGACCUCGAGAUCGAAGACGACCUAGCUAAAGCGCAAAAGAUACUUCGCGAGCUAAAAUCCAAGAUCUCCUCGCAGUCCAAAAAGAACUUCGUGCUCGAAAAGGACGUCCGAUACCUCGACUCUCGCAUUGCCCUGCUUAUCCAGAAUCGCAUGGCGUUGGAAGAGCAAAACGAAGUAGCAAGUCAUCUCGAAGACGCCACCGAAUUGCAAGAGGGCGCAUUUCCGAACGAUGACAAGACUCAGAAAUACGGCAAUCUCAUGUUUCUCCUGCAGUCCGAGCCGAGGCAUAUCGCUCAUCUGUGUCGUCUUGUAUCCAUGUCCGAGAUCGACUCUCUGCUGCAGACCGUCAUGUUCACCAUCUACGGGAAUCAGUACGAGAGUCGUGAAGAGCACCUCCUAUUAACCAUGUUUCAGUCCGUCCUAACCUAUCAAUUCGAUACGACUCCCGAGUACUCGUCCCUUCUCCGAGCCAACACGCCAGUCUCUCGUAUGAUGACCACCUACACUCGCCGUGGACCGGGGCAGAGCUUCUUGCGAUCGGUGUUGGCCCAUAGAAUAAACAGCUUGAUCGAGCUGACCGAUCUGGAUCUCGAGAUCAAUCCGUUGAAAGUCUACGAACGAAUGUGUGAGCAGAUCGAGGAAGAUACCGGCGGUCUCCCACCAUCGCUCCCUAGGGGUAUCACGGGCGAGCAAGCAGCCGAAAACAUGCAAGUGCAAGCUAUCAUUGAGCCGCGUUUGACGAUGCUCACCGAGAUCGCGAAUGGGUUCCUAAGCACGAUCAUUGACGGGCUCGAGGAGGCCCCAUACGGUAUUCGAUGGAUAUGCAAGCAGAUCCGGAGUUUGACCAAGCGAAAGUAUCCCGACGCGAACGACCAGGUUAUCUGCACACUAAUCGGCGGCUUUUUCUUCCUGCGCUUCAUCAACCCCGCUAUAGUCACGCCCAAGUCCUACAUGCUCAUCGAUGGAGUGCCUUCGGACCGGCCGCGGCGGACGCUUACCCUGGUUGCGAAGAUGCUUCAGAACCUAGCUAACAAGCCCUCCUAUGCGAAGGAGCCCUACAUGGCGAAGCUGCAGCCGUUUAUCCAGCAGAAUAAGGACCGCGUCAACAAGUUCAUGCUUGACCUCUGCGAAGUUCAGGACUUCUACGAGAGCCUCGAGAUGGAUAACUACGUCGCCCUUUCGAAGAAGGAUCUCGAGCUCUCCAUAACGCUGAACGAGAUAUAUGCCAUGCACGGCUUGAUCGAAAAGCACACGGGAGAACUGUGCAAGGACGAGAACUCGCACUUGUCACAAAUUAUAUCAGAGCUGGGCCACGCGCCUCAGCAGGUACCGCGGAAGGAGAAUCGCGCCAUCAACCUGCCACUGUUUAGCCGCUGGGAAACCGCGAUAGACGACCUAACCGCCGCUCUAGACAUCACUCAGGAGGAGAUCUUCUUCAUGGAGGCCAAGUCCAUAUUCGUCCAGGUCAUGCGCUCUAUACCCGCGAACAGCUCGGUCGCUCGAAGACCGCUGCGCCUGGAAAGAAUUGCCGACGCAGCAGCCACGUCAAGGAACGACGCGGUCAUGGUGCGCAAGGGAAUCCGGGCGAUGGAAUUGCUUAGCCAACUGCAGGAGAUGAAAGUAAUCGACAAAUCGGACCAGUUCAGCCUCCUGAGGGAUGAGGUCGAGCAAGAAUUGCAGCACCUAGGUUCCCUCAAGGACGGCGUCAUCGCCGAGACGGAAAAGCUCGAGGAGGUGUACAAGACGAUUCGGGAUCAUAAUUCUUACCUCAACGGCCAGCUUGAGACGUAUAAGAGCUAUCUCCACAACGUGCGGAGCCAGUCCGAGGGCACACGGCGGAAGCAGCAGAAACAGCAAGUGCUUGGGCCCUACAAAUUCACCCAUCAGCAACUAGAGAAGGAGGGCGUGAUCCAAAAGAGCAAUGUUCCUGAUAAUAGAAGAGCGAACAUCUACUUCAACUUCACCAGCCCGCUUCCGGGGACUUUUGUAAUCUCCCUGCACUACAAAGGGCGCAACCGUGGCCUUUUGGAACUCGAUCUCAAGCUCGACGACCUGUUGGAGAUGCAGAAGGACAACCAAGACGAUCUGGAUCUCGAAUACGUCCAGUUCAACGUCACCAAGGUGUUGGCCUUAUUAAACAAACGCUUUGCCAGGAAGAAAGGCUGGUGAUCACGAACCGGCAGCAUCUUAUUGACAUACCCCGGGCCUUUGCGGCUCGUUACCGAGCAAUUUGCGGCACCUUCGUUUCUAG